GGUACUUUAUUUGUUGUUGUUUUAGUGGGAGAAGUGGGCCAGUCGACAUCUUCAACAUAGAAGGCGUUUUAUAAUAAGUAAGUAAUUGAAUUUUGUAGAUCAUCUCCAUUACUGCGCUGAUCCGGCCAUCUGAUAUUCGUCCAAGUGAGGAAGACGGGUGUUGUGUUUCACUUCUCGAAUCCAUCAGCAGCCAACCGAGAUGUCUAGCCAGUAUCAGCGAAGUGUUCCACUGGAGGUCAGGAGAGCGGAAGGGGAGAGGGUCCGUGCCAAACAUCCGGAUAAAAUCCCGAUAAUAGUGGAGAGAGCUGCGAGGUCUCGAGCUCCUGAGCUUGAUAAAAAGAAAUACCUCGUUCCUUCAGACCUCACAGUCGGUCAGCUCUGCUUCCUGAUCAGACAGCGGGUGUCUAUGAGACCAGAAGAAGCGCUCUUCUUUUUUGUUAAAAAUUCCCUCCCUCCAUCCAGUUCCCCCCUGUCUGCAGUGUAUGAGGAACACCACGAGGAAGACCUGUUCCUGUACAUGACAUACAGUAAUGAGAGUGUUUACGGUGCUUGAGGCGGAGGACUAAAGGACUGGGCAGAGAGAGAGAGAGAGAGAGAAAGAUGACACAUUAUUUUACCAAUAUUAUCCCAUAUUCAAUACAUUGUACCUAGAGAGGACAUUGUUUAUAAUAGGGACUAAUGGGUGCUGUUUGUAUUUAUCAGUAUUUGGGGGAAACUACAGUGAAAUUCAUUGAACAGAUUGCUGGCAGUAAAUGGAACGAGAAAAUGGAAGGUCAAAAACAAAAAUAGAGAUAAAUAAAAAAAUAUUAGCAAAGUAAGCAAGUAUUAAUCUCAUCUUUCUCUCCCAGGAGCGCAUCAUUUGUAUUUAAUGCAAAUAGUUUUUUUUCUUGUUUUUCUUUCUUUUUUGUAAAGUAUUAUCAAUUUGUGCAUAUAAUAAACACCUUUAAAAACUUUA